AUGCAGUACGCUUCUCCCAUCUAUCUUAAAAGAUCACCGUAUCAUCUUUAUCGACCGUAUCAGCUUGAAAUUCAACGAACAACAAUUCCUAACAAUUCAGCAGUGCUUCAUCGUACACCAAAUCUUGAUAUCUUAUCAGAAAUUAAUCGACGAUCUAGACGACUCGAACGUAUUGUCUCUUAUCAAAAAAUUUUAACAGUUAUUCAGAUGUUACUUUCACUACAUUUGAUUAUAAUGGAAAUGACAAAAAUUUUGUUAAUACGGGAGCAUUUCAAUAAUUGGGAACAAAAAUUUGUCCUCAUAUGCGAAAUGUUUCAACCAAUACUUUUUGCUACUAUUGCAUUUAUAACAUUUUAUAGCGUUUUGCGACCAACAAAAAGUAUCACACAAAUCGCUAUCGCAUCACUUGUCGCAACAUUAAAACCAUUAUUCAAUGAAAUGCUCGUUUAA